UUACGCUGCUUGCUGCCAAAAAAGUUCAUUCACAGUGAAGUGCCUAUACUUUCUCAAAAAGUCAAGCCAACAGAAAAGAUUCCCUAAAAAAAUCCCCUCGGCAGAAUGUUUAUUAUUGUUUAUAAAUAUUAUCAACUUUUCGCUUCAGUUAACCUCAUCAAGGUUUCUUAAUCAGUCUUUCUUAACAUUUGGUGACAGCUGAACGUUUUCUAAAUGCACGACUUUUUUGUGAUGAAGAUCUUUGUAUUAUGUGUUUUGACAUUCACUGCAAUUAUUUGUGUCGAAAGUGGAAAGAAAAAAGAUUGUCCAACAAUCAAGUCCAAACGACAAUGGAGUGGAGUUGUAGCUAAAAAUAUUGACUAUCAAACAAUUCCUGUUCAAUAUGUUGUCAUUCAUCAUACUGUCAGUCAAGAGUGUAAUUCAUUUGCGGAAUGUGCAACCAUCAUUCAAAAUAUUCAAAGUUACCACAUGAAUUUAGGAUACAGUGACAUUGGAUACAACUUCUUGAUUGGUAACGAUGGAUUAGUUUAUGAAGGAUGUGGAUGGCACAAAAUAGGUGCUCAUACUUAUGGUUAUAAUCGCAAUGGUACUGGAAUAGCAUUUGUUGGUGAUUUUACAGAUAAACUUCCAUCAAGAAAAGCUUUAAAUGCUGCAAAGAAACUAUUACAGUGUGGAGUUGCAUUAGGGGAAUUAGGUCCACGAUUUAAAUUACUAGCUGCUCGUCAAGUAUCGGGAACAAUUAGUCCUGGUUUGCCAAUUUAUGGAGAAAUUCAAGAAUGGGAUAAUUGGUCUGAAAGUGCGUGAACAUAAAUAAAUAAAAAUAAAUACAAUUGUAAAACAA